CUCAGCAGAGGCCUGGCAACGCCACAGCUGAAGAGGUUCAAGUUUAGUGACCUAGCGCUGCCGGCCGUCUUUACUUCUGGCAGUCAGCUGACUUGGACUAGAACAGGCCCAUCACAGGCCUCUCAGUCCGCGUUCCAUGAUCUCGGCAUAGGGUCGCGAGUACUCCAUCACCCGGAAGACGCGAUGGCUCCCAGGAAACCUCCAGAAACCAAGAAGACCCUUGAAGUUCCUAAGUGCCCCAAGGGCAAGAGGAGCAGAAGUCCUCAGGAGCUGGAGCAAGAGGCCAAGAAGCUCUUUGUGAAGGGUCCCGGUUCUAGCAGAAGAUAUGACUCAGGCUGUCUUUGGGCGGGAUUGGCUAAUCUGCAGGUUCUGUCGCCAUACACCAGCAUCGUCAGGGCCCUCCACCAGCAUAAGCUGGGCAAAGCUGCCUGGCCGAUGCUGCAGCAGAGUCUCCAGCAGUCCUUUUUGCACUCUCUGGCUUCUUACCGGAUAUUCCACAAGGCCGCCCCCUUUGACAGGAGGGCCACAUCCUUGGCAUGGCAUCCAACUCACCCCAGCACCCUGGCUGUAGGUUCCAAAGGGGGAGAUAUCUUGCUGUGGAACUUUAAUACAAAGGACAAACCCACCUUCAUUAAAGGGAUUGGAGCUGGAGGGAGCAUCACAGGGCUGAAGUUUAACCCUCUCAAUACCAACCAGUUUUUUACCUCCUCAAUGGAGGGAACAACUAGGCUGCAAGACUUUAAAGGCAACACUCUCCGAGUUUUUACCAGCUCAGGCACCUGCAACCUCUGGUUCUGCAGCCUGGAUGUGUCUGCCGGAAGCCGAGUGGUGGUCACAGGAGACAACGCAGGGCAAGUGGUCCUGCUGAACAUGGACGGCAAGGAGCUUUGGAAUCUCAGACUGCACAAAAAGAAAGUGACCCAUGUGGCCCUGAACCCAUGCUGUGAUUGGCUCCUGGCCACAGCCUCCGUAGAUCAAACAGUGAAAAUCUGGGACCUGCGCCAGGUUAGAGGGAAAUCCAGCUUCCUCUCCUCGCUGCCACACAGGCAUCCUGUCAACGCAGCUUGUUUCAGUCCUGAUGGAGCCCGGCUCCUGACCACUGACCAGAACAGCGAGAUCCGGGUUUACUCUGCCUCCCAGUGGGACUGCCCCCUGGGCCUGAUCUCACACCCUCACCGCCACUUCCAGCACCUCACGCCCAUCAAGGCAACCUGGCAUCCUCGGUACAACCUCAUUGUUGUGGGCCGGUACCCAGAUCCUAAUUUCAAAAGCUGUACUCCCCACGAAUUAAGGACGAUCGAUGUGUUUGAUGGAAGCUCAGGGAAUAUGAUGUGUCAGCUCUAUGACCCAGAAUAUUCUGGUAUCAUUUCGCUCAAUGAGUUCAAUCCCGUGGGGGACACGCUGGCCUCUGUGAUGGGUUAUCACAUUCUCAUUUGGAGCCAGGAGGAAGCUGGGUUACGGAAGCGAGAGACAAUCACAAAGGUGUGUGCCAAGCAAGGGCUUGGAGCCACAAAUGGGAACAAGUCCUGUGAGAAGAGGCAGUUAUCUGUUAAAGGGCUAAAAGUAUACAAGUCUUAGGGUUGGAGCAGGGGCACUGUGGCAUAGGGCACUGUGGGACUGGGCCACUGGCAUGUUACUCUCUGGAUCUAGCUCUGGAAACUUUUGUAGAGUUGGUGACCCAGCUGCAUCAAGGGUCCCUGCUAUAUCUAUCUUGGAGCCAAGCUUAUCCUGGAUCCAAGGUCCUUUCUCUCUGAUGUGCAGAGGCAGGGUAUCGGGUAUUGUUUUUUAGUUUUUUCUCACUGUUGACAUGGCCAAUAAACUGUAUCUAUCCAGUUGAGAGCUUCUGUGUGGAUCUUUUAGCAACGACCCGGUCGAAGGGCUCCUUGGGUCCCAGAAAAGGCACGGAAACAGCACUAAGUGUCCAAAACUUUCAUUCUCUGGAAGCUGCUUCAGCCUAUUCUGGACCAUAGUCUAGAGCUGUCAGGCUCACAACCUGCAUUUUCUUAGGUCCCUGGAGACCCCAGCCCAGCUUAGAGGGGUGGUAGCUUCAGGACCCUGUAUGCCAGCCCCAACUCCACCCCCACCAAGUACAGACACCCUUCAGACCUGCUCAAGCUGGAGGGGUGACAAAGAUGCCUGACGCAUUAUGUCUGAGUAUAAUGGUGGCUUCAGGUGGAAAAAGGGAAAUUUGACUGGCUAUUGGAUGACCCAGGUCCUCAGCGGCCAUGUUUACACCCCCAGCGUUGCGUCAUUUUCCCACUAAAAUAAGCACUGAGAGGUGAGACUGUGCCCUCUGAACCAUUUCCCAAAGCCUCCGGGUUGGCAGAGAAAGCGCUGAGCUUGAUGGAGGGUCAGGACAGAUCAAGUACCAACUCCUUCAGUUUUUUUUGUCCCAAGUCCUGGGUGGAACCUGAAUUCUUAUCUUCAUCUCAAGCCCUUAGGGAGUACAAAGGAGGCAAAUCCUGUUCAGAGAAAGCCACAAGGUCCAACAGAGUACUUGGUAAACAUCAGGCACAUGAAUGCUGAGUGAUAGGUGCCAGGGGCCCAGUCAAGCCCCACUUGUUCAUCUAGGCUGGGGUCAUCAGAGAGUAGCCCAACCUAGGGUCUCCUGUCCAUGGGCUGGGGAGCAUCAACAGUCAGGAGCAAGGGCCCAGCCCACCUCCCCUAGGAGGCAGAGGGAAGGGGGCUGAGUAGCUGUCAGGCAUGGUCCUCCCCAUCUGCGAUGUGGUGGUAGCCAGGAGGCUGGGCCUGCAUCCGGAAGAGGAUGGUGAGAAGCAGCACUAUGAGGAGGAAGAGGAUGGAGCCACAUACAGCCAAGGCCACGAUUACUUCUGGGUAUUGGGGAAGAAGGGAGAAAGGUGAUGUCAGCGUUCAUUCAACAAAUACCUAUGCGCCUACUCUAUGCCAGGUACAUUUCUGACAACGGGGACACAAAGUUAGUGAACACGAAGUCUCUGCCCCAUGGCGUUCACAUUCUAGAAGAGGGGACCCAAGAGACCAGCAAUGAUAGCAGUGAUCAGUUAGUGACGAACACUAUAAAGAAAAACAAAAUAAGAUAAAGGGAAAGUGAUGGCGAGGUAGGUCGGUCAGGGAAGGCAUCACGGAAGAGGAGGUACUUUGAACAAAGACCUGACGGAAGCCAGUGGGUGGAUAUACUAAGAUCUGAGGGAGGGAUGGGGACAGGAAGUAGGUGCAAAGGCCUUGAUGUGGGGAUAUGCUUGGGAUGCUCUAGAAUCAGCAAGAAAGUCAGACUCACCAGGGCAGAGUAAGUGAGGGGCAAGGAGAGACGAAAACAGAGAAUGAGAUCAAGUAGGGGUGGGAACAAACUUGGGGCCACUGGAAGAUUUUGAGGAGGGGAGUGACAAGACUUGGCUUAUGUUUUCAAAAAAUCAACUCUUUGCCAUGCUGAGAGACUAGCAGGGACAAGAUUAUAAUCAGACCAAAAAAAAAACCUUCGGAAACUUUUUGGGAGUUCAGGAAUGAGAUGAUGGUAGGUUAGUCUAGGAAGGCAAGAGCGUAUAUUUUAAAGGUUGAGUGGAUAGGACUAGUGGGCUGGAGAUGGGGUGUGAGAAAGAGGCUAUCUAAAGUAACUCCUGGCCUAUCCUGUGCAGUGGGUGACUGAUGUGGCAUUUAUUAAGAGGGAAUGUCUACAGGGAAGAACAGAUUUGGAGGAAAAGGCAUUUGGUUUUAGACACAUCAACUUUGCGAUGCCUUAUCUGACAUCCAGGCAGACUUCCAGUUGGCAGCUGGAUACAUGAGUCUGUAGCUCAGACAGGAAGUCAUGGCUGGAGAUGUGAAUCUGUAAGUCACAAUGAAAAGACAGAACUUGGCAAAGAGCUGGAACAAAAAGCUGUGGGGUCAGAUGAAAUCACCUUGGGAGUGGGCAUAGGUGGGGAAAGGGCCAGGGAUGAGCCCCGGGCCACCCACUGCUUAGCAGGGAGGAGAAGCCAAUAAGCUAGCUACCUGUAUGUUAGGAGCAAAACCAGGGGAAGGCAAGAAAAUGUUUAAGGAAGGAGUGAUCAGUGAUGUAAUGCUGCUGAGAAGUGAGAGGAGGUGGCUAAGGUCAUUGAUCACCCUGAAAAGAGUGGCUUCAGUGGAGUGUAAGGUGACACAAAGCUGUCUGAUGUGAGUCUGAGAGAAUGGGUGAGGAAGUGAAGCCAGAGUCUAGGCAACUCAAGGACUUCACUCCAGAAGGGCACAGACAAAUGGAGUAGAGAAGGACAUUGGUCGAAGAGGGUUUUUGUUAAGCUACUGAGAUGGAAGGAUCCAGCAGAGAGAAAAACACUAAGGCACCAGAGGUCCUUGAGGAGGUGGGAGAGAUGGGUCCAGGGCAUAAGCAGAGAGGUGACCUUAAGUGAUGGCUCAUUCACCACGCCAGGUGGGGAAGCAAAGGGUGGCACUCAGAUGCAAGUGAGCUGGCAGAUGUGGUGGGAGGAGAGUGAGACCAUUCUCUCCUGCUUGUUUUUUAUUUUCUCAGUGAUGUAAGACAUAAAGGCAUCACCUGAGGGUUAGGAGCAGGGAGAAGGUAUAAAAUGGUCUCAGUAUCUUAAGGAAAUGCAGUAAGGCAGCUGGAAGUGUGACCACUUGCUCGAGAUUUGUGGACAGAAAUUUAAAGUUGGUCUGGGGUAUAACCAGGACAGAGGCAGACAGCAGCUUACCUGUGUCUGCAGGACCGCUUGUCAGCUGGCACUCCUGCUGCCAGUCCUUGGGCACAACAGGCUCCGUGAGGCGAAGGAAGUCCUGCAGUGGGCAGCGGUGUGGGCAGCCAGGCAGGAUCAGUGGCCAGGGGGCCUUAUUACUCUCAUUCCGGAAGUACAUCUCCACUGAGAAAUUCCUGAAGGUUUCCAGGCAAGAUAGGAGCUGCUCACCAUGCCCAGCACCGAGACCUUGGUCACUUAACGCGAGGAGUGAUUUGCCCUCAACCACCUCCCAGGGGCCCCUCCCAAAGGCAGACUGGUAGCUCCCUCACCCAUUGUCUUCCUGGUGGAGUUCAAAUAUGUGGCAGGAGGCGUAGGGGGCUUGGUGCCCAUUGUAGACAUCCAAUGCCAUUUGCAGAGCGACCAGAGUAGUGUCAUGCUGUAAGGGAGAGGGGCUCCCCAUCAGCACUGCUCCCCCGCACCCCAGAACUGAAUAGAGAAGACAUCCAGCUCCUUCCCUGACAUUAGCAUGCUGGGGCCCAAAGGAGCUUACCGCAGAGUAAAUCAGCAGCUUAGGGACGUGGGAGGUGGUUGCCAUCAGGGUCAGGUUCUCCCGUAUCUGAGCCAGCAGGACUCCUGAAGGAGAAAAGUUCCAUGUAGGUGGCUAUGGCCAUCACUGCCUUCUGGUCAGAGCUAACCACAGUCCUCUACCGCUCCUAGUCCUGGGUCUGAUGUCUGAUCACCAGCACAGAAAGCUCUGUAGGCUCAUGGGAACCAUACAGGAACUCUAGAGCACCCCCUUGCUCUCUAAGAACUUCCAGAUUUACAGAGGGAAGACAGAACAAGAUACCUAUCUAUAUUUCAGUAUAGUUGUGGAAACCUGCCCAUUUAUAAACGAGCUAUGCAGCUCUGCCCACGUUUGGAGAACUACUCCUGUUUGGAACAAAUGUAAAUUUAAGACUGCUUCAAAACACACAAGGUGAUGGCCCCAUCCGAGAGUAGCUCUGCUGUAUGUGUGCUCUGGAAACUACUGAAGUGUCAGCCAGGUUUGAUGGUGGCACGCCUUUGGGUGCUCAAAUCAGAAACCUGGUAUGUGUAUUACCACAGCCUUCUUUCAAAAUGGCCCCCAGUGGGUCUCUGGAGGAAGGUAUUCAUUUAAGGAGAGAGGGAGGGUUUUCUGACAUGGGUGAAACUUAGAAUAUGAGUGGCAGAAAAGAAGCAUGUAAAACUGAUAUGGCCCUGCAGAGACAACAUGCCAAGCCUUGGGAAAACUGGGCAACUGGUGACAAUGAGAUGACUGGGGGGAUCUGGUUGUGAAGGGAACAAACAUUUCAGGCAAAGGAGCUAGUGUGUGAGCAGCUCUCAGGCAGACUUUUGCUGCUGUCAGGUCCUGAGGAGAGGAGUGACAUGCUACUCUUGUCACUCACCCCCCUGAAGCCGGGCCUUCUCCGCCUGCUGGUAGAUCCCGAAGAGGAAGCGGAAGCUGAAAUCCUUUAGUCGGCUCAGACGUUGCAUGGUUUGGAGUGAGGCCCAGGGUGGCAGGGCCAGCCCAUGUGUUCGCUGUGUACCACAGCAGGCAGGUUAGCACCACAGGCCCAGACUAAGCCCUCCCGGGGUAGUUCUCUUCCCCAGCGGGAAGGUGCCUGUGUGUAAGGGAAAAGAGAAGAGAGGAGAGGGGAGGCAAAGGGCCUGGAACCAGUAGACAUGGUGCAGGGUUGAUGCUACAGGGCACAGGAAAGGAAGCUCGGCACAAAAAGUGUGACUUGGCAGAACGGAGUCUGAUACCACGAGAGCUCUGGGUGGAGAGCAGUAGGAACUGCUGACAAUUAAUAAACCAUUUCCCACUCUGAGGUUCUUUUUCACCCGUGAGGGAAGUUCCCUUGUUUCACAAGAAGUGCCUGCUUGGACCACCCCAAUGGGAAUGAUAGCCAGGCAUUGAGUUCUACUUGUCCUGUGACCUAGGCCAGCUGGGGUGGGAGGGAAGAGGCAUCACAGCGGGGACCCUAAGUGGGCUCACCUCACAGAAGAGUGUGUCAUAGACAUUCCAGACAGUCUCCAGUGUCAGGUUGGUAAGCCCUGUCUCGUUGGCCACCAUGUCCAGAAAUUGCUAUGAGAAAUGGAUCAGGGGUCAGGCCUGCCCAGGGGGAAAGGGCAGUCUGAUGACCCGCACCUCAGCCCCCUACUCACUGCAUUCUGGUUACUCUCAUUCUGAUACUCUGGUGUUUGCCGGGUCUCAUUCUGCAGCUGCUCAUAACGAGGACACGGGCCCAGCGGGAACUUCAGCAGCUGCAGAUUGAAGGGGGGAAACAGAGGCAGGGAAGGAGUCUGGGGUCAGCAAGCCCAUGGCCAGAGUUGUCCCCUCACCACCUCCAGGGAAGGGCUGGCCAGUCUUACCCUGUCCUCAGCGACAGGCACAGUGUGGACGGGGAUAGGCUGCCACGAGAUGUUUGGGUUGAAGCGCUGCAUCCCAUCGGGAGGGAAGAGUCCCGCCAGGUUGGCCUCGGCACUCAUGAGGGUGCGGUCAAGGUCUGUGCUUCGAACAUAAACCUACAGAGAUGACAACACAUGAGUCUCACUUCACAGGGAAGGCUCUGGCCCCUCAGUGGGGCCCCAGGGGGAGGACCUGGUCCUGAUCGUUACCCCAUGAAUUAUAAACCCACAAUGCAUCUGGCCUCCCCUCUUCUCUGGUCUUUCCAAGCCUCUUCCCAGCAAAGGCCUGAACACUCAGUUGGGGGCUGUCACCACUCUAAACUCCCGUGGGAAUGGCUCUAGCUCCAACGCCCCUUCCUCCCAUCAAAGUGCUUAGUAAGGCUCUCUGGUCUGUCUGGCUUUAUAACCACACCUGUCUUCCCUAUCUAGACCAGGGCCCGUGAGAGCAGGAACUGUCUCCAAUCACUCCCCACACCCUUGUAUAAACUGGCUUAGAGACCAGGGAAAGGAAAUAAGAUAAGGAACAGAGAUAAUUGCUUGUGAAAAGGGAGGAGGAAGCUGUGGGGAAAGGCAAGAUCAGGGGAGGCUGGGUCUCAAGGGAACAAUAAUAACAUCUAGAUACUCUUGAGGCAGCUGUGGUUGAGGGUGGUAACCAGGGGAACAGCCAUUCCCAUCCCCGGGGUGAGGAGAGGUGGUCAGCAUACUUGCCAGUCUUCCCUGAUGUGCCUAAGUAUGUCUUCCUUGUCACCCUUUAUCUCUUGGCCUGUCUGGUUUAUUAUCUGAUGCCCCCACUGCAGCCUACGCCACAUGAAGUCACAGAUCAUAUCUGUGUGGUGCGCCACUGUAUGCAAGGUGCUAGCACAGUGCUUGACCCUUAGUAGGUACUCCAUGUAUGGAAAGCCCCAAGUUUUCUCAGAGUCUGAAACUACUUUGCCAGGCCCCUCCUUAAAUCUGAACUUGAAUGCUUGAUCUGUUUUUCCUGUUCCAGCCAAGCAGGGGCAACUUGACCUCUAAGGCUUUGUUCUAGACAGCUCUUGGAAGUCUUGUCCUGUAGUUGUAAUGGAAAGCACAGGGUGGAGGCCUGAGUGCCCAGCCUCACCCUGGGGCUCCCUGAGGGCAGAGGGUGAGGUCCAUGGGUCCCAUUCCCUUUGCCUCCUGAGCUCCAAGCCUUACCUCUUGCCGAUGAUAAGAGGUGUUUAGAAAGCCAUGGUACCGCUGCCGUAGAGCCUGGCCCAGCUCCCAGUGUUGAAGCAUCCCCUCCUGUGGGCAAAUCUGAGGGUUAAGAGGGUCCAAGAGGCAAGGGUGGCUCUCAAGUUCCCUGAGGCUUGAGCACUGUUGCUUCCCAAGUCUAGCCCUGGUAGAAGUAGGAGUGGGCUCAUGUGAUCCAGAAAUCAUUUAUUAAGUGGAUGGUUAUGUGUGGGCACAGAGGAAAGUAAAGAAAUAAGGCCAAUGUUAGCACUUCUGUGGGGAAAUGGCAGUUUGGCGGGGCCCCAAGUUCUAUAUCCUAUUCCAGAAGUUAUUUCUUCUGCAGCUUAUCUUGAGGGGAGGACUGGCCUUUGACCCACCUUGGUUAGCUGACCAAACCCCUGGGGCCAAUCUUCUUCCUGAUACGGGUCCUUGGGAUAUGUCUUCACCGGUGAACGAUCUCCAUGUCGGUACAGCUGAGGAAAGAAAAACCAUUUGCUUACAGGUCUGAAAGUGCUCCUUGAAGAGGAGCACAGAGCCCCCUCUGCCCUAUGUUGAGGCAGGAAGCUCACUUGUACCCACUGCAAAAGACCCCAAAUCAGGUGUCAGCAGGUGUUCAAACCAGUUUUUUCCGGUUCAAACCCCUGCUGAGAAUUUGCCUUUCCACGCCCAGAUAUGUUGAAUCAGAAUCUACAUUUUAACAAGAUCCUCUGGUGAUUUUUAUGUAUACAGAAUUUGUUUAAAUAUAUACGUAAGAAUCACCCGGGGAUCUUGUUAAAAAUGUAGAUUCUAAUUCAGUAUAUCUAGCGUGGAAAUGCAAAUUCUCAGCAGGGGUUUGAACCCCUGCGAGUCCAUAACUUCUUCCAGGUCCCAGGGAAUUUUAACUUGGCUAAGCAAUGCCACGGAAACCCCGGUGGCGUAGCGGUUAAGUGCUACGGCUGCUAACCAAGAGGUUGGCAGUUUGAAUCCGCCAAGCGCUCCUUGGAAACUCUAUGGGGCAGUUCUACUCUGUCGGAUAGGGUCGCUAUGAGUCAGAAUUGACUCGACGGCAGGGGGUCUUAAGCAAUGCCACUGGGGACUUUGGGCAAAGCCAAAGGUAAAGGUGGGAAGGGAAAAAGAAAAGCGAAAGCAAUGCAUUCGGUGGAGAAAAGAUCGCCAAAAGCUUCUUCAGGGCAGUCGCCUAUCCGUUCAACCACAUCGCUGUCCCUAGGCAGACUCACCCCGACCUAUAACCCAGGGUGUCAAUCAAUCCUGAAUUCAGCCCCCCAACGCCCCAGGCCAGUCGCCCCCUCCUAAACCAGUUCCUCCUCCGCAGAGACACCGAGCCCCAGCACCAGCCCAUUCCCCGCAGGCGCCUUUGCCCAGUCAGCUCCCACAAAUCCCUUGGUGACCCCGUCUCUCAUUACCAAGGUAACGAAGCGCAGACUGCGGGCCUGGGCGGGUGGCAUCACUAUCAGGUUCACGCCAAGAAGGAGCUGGAGAAGAACCGCUCGGCUCCAACCGGACUGUCUGCCCGCCAUCACCGCUGUUGAGUCUAUUGCUGCAAAGAGGCUGGAACCCACUGGGUGGCACCUGCAGCAGCCGCCCGGACCCAGCCUUAGGGACACAUACCGGAAGUGUGCUCGCCACCAUCUUGCUAAAGGAGCGGGAAAUGAUGGCGGGAGAAGGAGGAAUCCGGGAGGAAACGCGUGUGCGAGGUUCGCGAUCCGGCUGUGGCAGAGGCGCGUGGGAAGGUAGCGCGACCUGAUACAGCAGAAAGGGCUUGAAGACUUGAAGACCUCAUCUUGGUAAAGAAGGUUAUGAGUUCGGGUAUGCCUCCGCAAAGAGACCCCCAUACCAAGGUGGCGUUUGCAGUGGCAGGGACGGUGGCCCGGAGAGCGAGCGCGCUCCGGCCCGGGUGCUGCUGGACCGGUUGUCCAGAGCCAAAAUCAAACAAAACCAAAACCGUUGCCUUCUAGUCGAUGCCGACUCGUGGUGACCCUAUAAAACAAACAAACAAAACCCGUUGCCGUCACUCGAUUCUGACUCAUAGCGACCCUAUAGGACAGAUCCUAUUCUGCCCCAUAGAGUUUCCAAGGAGCCCCAUGGUGGAUUCAAACUGCCGACCUUUUGGUUAACAGCCUUAGCACUUAACCACUACGCCACCAGGGUUUCUGGUGACCUUAUAGGACAGAGUAAAACUGCCCCUUAGGGUGUCCAAGGGUGUAAAUCUUUAAUGAAGCAGAGUGCCAAAUUUUUUUCCCCGCGUGUGGCUGGUGGGUUUCAACCGCCGACCUUUUGGUUAGCAGCGGAGCACUUAACCACUGCACCACCAGGACUCCUCUCCAGAGCCGGAGCAGGGUGCCAAAUGGGGGUGAGAGGUGGUAUAGGGUGCCCUUCUCCAUGUCCCUGCCUUUGGGUGGAGUGUGAGCCUUGGGCUGGGUUCUGUUUUCCCGGAAAGGUCUUGUUCAGGGUGCAGGGCACAGCGUGUAAACAGUCCUCUGAACUCCCUCUAACCUUGAUAUUGGUCCCAGUCUAGACUACUGCUCCUGCCCAGAGCAAAGCUGCUGAAGCCCUCGCGUUUACCUUUCCAGCCCUUUUUCUGCCCUCCCACCUGCCCACUUCCAAGUUUUAAUUAGAAUCAAGAUGUCCAGUGGCUCUUCCCAGAGGAGUUGAGUUGCACAGGGUGUUCAGAACUUCCAAAGCAAAAGCAGUGAAUUCCCAGGGAAAGAAUUUCAGACCAGUAGAGGAGAUAUUUAGGGGUCAGAGACAAGCACAUAGCAUAAAGUGGGAGUACGUGGGGUUUGGCAGAAUCAGAGCCUUUCCUGACAUUGGCCCUUAGAAUUCAGGCAUAGCCAAUUUGGCCUCAGGGCUUUGUGACUCUGAGCUUGAAGUGAUACAUGCUCCAGGAAAGUUAGAUCUUAGCCCCUUGGGAUGCCUUGAUUCAGAAGCAGAUCACCUUAGAUCAUCGGAGGAAACAAAACCUGAUGGGAACUAUCUGGGAAAGGCCGGGUAUUUAAUCUUGCCCCAGGUCUCCAGGGUCAAUUAUUUGAUGUACCUCAGGAUCCAAAAUUUGCUUCCAGGGUUGUCGUGGAAGAGGCUGGGAGGAAUAGACUAUGAGAACAAGCCGUAAGUCCCUUUGUGAAUCAGAUGAAAAUUUAGUCCCCUCUCCUCCAGAAAAACGGCCCACAAACAAAUGGAAUUUUGCAUAUAAUUCCAAGAGUUUCCGGAAGGCUGCCCAUAAAUCAGCAUCUCUGGAUCCCUGAUCUAACCUAGUCCCCUUAGUUUAGAGAGAAGGAAACAAGUGCAGAGAGAGCAACUUGCCUAAGGUCACACAGUUCAGGAGGAUGGAUUAAAACUCAAGUUUUCUGAUAUCCUUUCAAAUAGUUUUUAUGAUGGGCUCUUUCCCGCAGGCUACUCAAACUGCAUUGUGAAACUCUAUAUUUUAGUGACCCCAAAGUGCCUUCAAUAAAGAGGUUUCUAACAAAGGAAACCUAUUAUUAGUGAGGUGUGUGUGUGUGUGUGUGUGUGUGUUUCAAUGUGCCUCUUACACUGUCCUUGUAAACUAGCAGACCAUUUUGCCUUCAGAAUGUAAAUCUUUGGCUCACUAAAUUUUAGGAAAUAGACCAAAAAUCCCUCAAAUUCAUCUUUUGCUUUUCUUUCUACUUAAGUAUGUUUAUAUCCUUUGUGCCUGCAAAUAUCUCAUGUAGGAGAGAAUGAUGUAGCAGAUACUAUUUCGGUUAUUAUUUAAAAAAAGAAAAAAAAACCCGUUGCUGUUGAGUUUAUUCCAACUCAUAGUGGCUCUAUAAGACAGAGUAGAGCUACCCUAUACGGUGUCCAAGGAGUGGCUGAUGGAUUUGAACUGCUGACCUUUUGGUUAGCAGCUGAGCUUUUAACCACUGCACCACCAGGCUCAAUUAUUAUAGUGACAGACAAUUCCGGAGAGAGUGAGGAUUACACCGUAAGUACUUUAAAUGUAGGGCCAGGGGCUAGCCUUGGACUCUUGACCCCCAGCUUCUGCAUAUUUUCUACCAGAUGAUCCUGGUAGAUGCAAAACAAAACAAACCAAGUAGAUGAGUAGAUUGAUAGAUUCAUGGGCUCUCCCCAGGCCACACAAAUCAGUCACUGAAGGUGAGGCCAGGUUUGGGAACCACUGCUCCACCCUGGGAAGACCUGGUGGCGUAGUGGUUAAGAGUUUGGCUGCUAACCAAAAGGUUGGUAAUUUAGAUCUACCAGGUGCUCCUAGGAACCCUAUGGGGCAGUUCUACAGCAAUGGGUUUGGCUUGUUUUUUUGGCUGUACCCUGUGUUGGCAAAAGUGAGCCUAAGUCCAGGUGAGGUACCAUUUUUCCCAUCUGGGGAGGCAGUUGUUCGCUUUUAUUAUUUAUUUAUUUAUUUAAAUGACCUUUGAGUCAGCUCCAUGUGUAUUCAAAGUUGAUCUUUGCCCCUUGCUAGUAACUAUCUCCUAGGGUUAUUUUGAGGAUAAAUGGAAUAAUACGUGUCAAAAUAAGUGCAUGUCAAACCAAACCCACUGCUGUCAAGUCGAUUGCGACUCAUAGCGACCCUAUAGGACAGAGUACAACUGCCCCAUAGGGUUUCCAAGGGGCACCUGGUGGAUUCAAACUGCCCACCUUUUGGCUAGCAGCCGACCUUUUGGUUAGUAGCCGUAGCACUUAACCACUGUGCCACCAGGGUUUCCUAAGUGUAUGUAGUAGGAUGUAAAUAAAUGUUACUUUUCCUUUAUGCUUUCCUUGUCACCUCUGAACUCAUAGGCCUGGGUACCAGAAAUUCCUGGGCUCUUCUCUUGUGAUUGGGGGCUUGGCCAGAAGUCAUUCGAGUACGUACCCAGGGGCUUGCAAGAUGGCCCCCACACUUUGCACCUUUCCAGAAUGGUGAAGGAGGGAACAAGCAGCAGUUGCCCAAGUCCCUGCAAACCUUACCUAGUGGCCUGCUUCGUGGGAAUUUGAGUGCUUUCAAGGGGUUUAUCCUGUAGUGCACGUGUGAUUGUAGGCUGGUGAACACUUCUGUUUUUGCUGCAAGGAGAAGCCCUGAAGUCCUGGGAUCAGAAAUGUGACUUGGGAGACAUCCUGGGGAUGUUGCUUCCUCUGGGAGCCAAGGAAACAGGAAAAGCCCCGUGGGACUGGCAGGCCUUGGACCUAAUACCUCCUGUGGGCUAGUGGGACUAUGCCACAGAGGUAGGGCUGGCAAGGCAGGACAUGUGAUUUCCACUGCCGAUCACAUGACCACUUGCCCUAGCCUGGGGGAGAAGUUCCUGUGGUUGGUCUCCAGAUGCUCCAUGGAGACAUCUGCAACAAGUUUUGGUAUUAUCCCAUCUUCCUCUUCCUGGGGGACUUCUGAACCCCUUGGAACCUGAGGGGGCAGCUCUAGCAGUGAAGUACUAGUAAUGCUUUCUCUUCUACAUGAGGUGAGGCUGACUCCCUGCCUUGGAGAGAUGGUGCCUGUCAUGAAUUGAAUUGUGUCCCCCCAAAAAUGUGUCAGCUUGGUUAGGCCAUGACUCCCAGUAUUGUGUGGUUGUCCUCCAAUUUGUGAUUGUAAUUUUAUGUUAAGAGGAUUAGGGUGGGAUCCUAACACCACUCUUACUCAGGUCACCUCCCUGAUCAUUGUAAAGGGAGUUUCCCUGGGGUGUGGCCUGUGCCACCUUUUAUAUCUGAAGAGAUGAAAGGGAAGCAACUAGAGAGUUGGAGAUCUCAUACCAACAAGAAAGGAGUGCCAGAAGCAGAGCAGGGCCUUUGGACCUGGGGUUCCUGCACCUGAGAAGCUCCUUGACCACAGGAAGAUUGAUGACAAGGCCAACAGAGAGAGAAAGCCUUCCCCUGGAGCUGACACCCUGAAUUUGAACUUUUAACCUAUUUACUGUGAGAAAAUAAACUUCUCUUUGUUAAAGCCAUCCACUUGUGGUA